AUGUCAUCUUUUCCAUUUCCAUCUGAAGUAUCGGCCGUUCCUCCAGAAAAAAGUAUCCAAGAUGACCAGCAUGCUAAGAUGUCACUUCUUUCUAGUUUGGAUCUACUCGUCCCAUUCGCACAACAAAAAAAUAGUAACACUGAAAGAACAACCGCAAGUGCUAACGCACACAUAUAUGUAUAUCAGUGCCCAAAAGAAAUACCAAUGGUAGUGAGAAUUCAGAAUACACAAAAUUCUGCUCAAUUUCUGAAAAUGUGCCAACGAAACUACGUAGGUAACAAAGAAUUCCAAAGACAACGGCUGAUUCCAAAGACAAACCGGGAAAGCCUUAAGAAGACUCUACAUUCGUCAAGCGUCAAGAAGACCUCCUAUACAACGUUACAGAUCCCCACCUUACAAUAA